CAAAUUCUGCUUGCCCUAGCUCACUCAGUGUGGGACCCAAGUACUGAGCAAUGGUAAUAAAAUGUAACUCUUUUGCUCAGGGAAUUGCGGGAGCACGGAGGCCUACCCCAGCCUGGUCUUAGGCUCCUGAAGAGAUGAGCUGGUGAGCAGGGUGAGGUGGGGAUUUGAGAGAAAGGCAGUGCUCUGGGCAUAGCAGGCUCCCUGGGGUCUUGAGGAAGGGGUGAGGGAGGGGAAGGUCCUGUUUGCUCUGUUUAUGGGAAAUGAUAUUCCUGUAGACAUCCAGGGAGGCAGUGUGAAGGCUGCUGAGUAUAUAGUUCUGGGUUCAGGAGAAGGGUCAUGGUUAACGAUUCAUGAAUGGACAGAUAGUGGGACUGAAGGACACCUACCAGAAAAGGGGCAACUCCAAGAAGAAAGAGGAAAACCAGGGAGUUUGGAGGCCAGGAGAUACUCACUGGGGUAAGAAAGGCUGCUGACUGAUGAUCAGUCAAGACUGAGGGUUGCUAAGUCAGUAACAGGGAGCUUCCAGGUGGGGGCAGCCCAGAGCUAUACCACAGGAGGGAGUGGGCAGUGAAGCAGUGGUGCACACCCCGGUUGGGGGUAUCUACUGCAGGCUCUGUCACUGCAGGCUCUAUCACAGAGGCUGAGGCCUGGAGACCCUGAGUUCCAGGAAGAGAGAGCUGAGAGCUGGCAGCAGAGUUAGGCAGGGACUGGGCUCUAAGGUUCCAGGGUGCCUCUCUGCCCACCUUGGUCUUAGGUCAAAGGCUUUGCUGGACGACCUCUUCCAGAAGCUUCCCCAAGCUUUACCAAUCCCUGCUAGCCCAAUCUGGUCAGCAGUGACACAGGCACAGUCAUUUCUAUGUGCAGGAGUCUCAAAACUGGAUCUGCGACUGAACUCAGGCCAAUAAGCUCCUGGGGAGACAGGGCUGCAGUGCUUGCCUGGGAAGUUAGUACAGACAGUUAGGGUUGACCUGCAUCCUGUAUCCCAAUGGGGAGAGGUGGGGGCACAGAGGAUUCCUGGACUAAAUUCCAAAAGAUUUGGGGAAGUACUUUCCUCCUGGGCCUAAAAAUCCCAUCUGGGCAUAAGUAAUCAGAGCUGUUGUAAGAAGUGGAGGAGCGGUUUUGUCUGUUCAACCGUCCUCCCUCCUCAAUUUACUGGGUGGCAGGCGCGGGCAUUCCGUGAGGGUGAGGGUUACCAGAGACAUUGAUACUUCCCAGCCUUCAGAAAGGCGGUAUUGGGGAAUCUGAGCUAGCACGAAGCCCAAGUCUUCCCAGCAAGAAUCACCCAUGAGGAUCCUCUCAGGGAACUCUUACUUGGAAUUCCCGGCGCGGCGCCGGGGCGGAGCUGAGCUCCAGAUGUCCCGGCGCGCACAGCUGGAGGGUCACGUGGCACGGCCUCAGCCCCCUUCCUGCCAACGCUGCAUUUGGCCCAGGCCCUGUCCAUGGCCGCCCUUGGGACCCUGCGCUGAGCCCGAGGCUCCAGCGUCUGGGGGACCACGCCGCUCCCAAGACUGCUAGUCCCAGCUGUGCGAGGCGGAGGUGCUACCAAGGGGGAUGAACGGCCUGUAGCUGAAGGCCCCCCCAGGGCGUGGCCUGCACCCUCCUCUCGGGGAGGCGGGGCUGGGAACCCCUGACCGCCACCACUUCCAUCUGGGGUGCAGACGACCCUUCAACCCUUUGAAGAGAGGGCAGGCGUCAGCCACCCGGUCAUGAGGAGGAGGCUGCGCCUACGCCGGGACGCGUCACUCACGCUGCUCCUCAGCGCCGCCCUUGGCAUCCUACUGUAUGCGCAGCGCGACGGCGCGGCCCCGACCACGAGUACACCACAAGUGCGAGAGCAGUCGGCACUGAGGCCCACCCCGGGUCUCCGAGCAUUCCAGGUACUGGAUACUGGCGCAGCCCCACCGGCCUACGAAGGGGACACACCACCCUCGCCCACUCCCACGGGCCCCUUUGAUUUCCGCCGCUACCUGCGGGCCAAGGACCAAAGGCGCUUUCCGCUCCUCAUUAACCAGCCACACAAGUGCCGUGGUGACGGUGCACCUGGUGGUCGACCUGACCUGCUCAUAGCUGUCAAGUCUGUGGCGGCUGACUUCGAGAGGCGCCAAGCCGUGCGCCAGACAUGGGGUGCUGAGGGUCGCGUGCAAGGGGCACUUGUGCGCCGUGUGUUCCUGCUGGGGGUGCCCAGGAGCGCAAGCACUGCCAGGACUGACACGGAGGGGGUGGGCACACAGACACACUGGCGUGCACUGCUGCAUGCUGAGAGCCAUGCAUACUCGGACAUCCUGCUCUGGGCCUUCGAUGACACUUUUUUCAAUUUAACGCUCAAGGAGAUCCACUUUCUGACCUGGGCCUCAGCCUUUUGCCCCAGUGUGCGUUUUGUUUUUAAGGGUGAUGCUGAUGUGUUUGUGCAUGUGGGGAACCUGCUGGAUUUCUUAGCACCCCGGGAUCCUGCGCAGGACUUGCUUGCAGGUGACGUAAUUGUGCAGGCGAGGCCAAUCCGUGCUAGGGCCAGCAAGUACUACAUCCCAGAGGCUGUGUAUGGUCUGCCUGCCUACCCAGCCUACGCAGGAGGUGGUGGUUUUGUUCUUUCUGGAGUCACUCUGCGCCGCCUGGCAAGUGCCUGUGCACAGGUUGAGCUCUUUCCCAUUGAUGACGUCUUUCUGGGCAUGUGUCUGCAGCGCCUGCGGCUCACACCUGAGCCUCACCCAGCUUUCCGUACCUUUGGCAUCUCCCAGCCUUCGGCAGCACCGCACCUGAGCACCUUCGACCCCUGCUUCUAUCGUGAACUGGUUGUAGUACAUGGGCUCUCAGCUGCUGACAUCUGGCUUAUGUGGAGCCUGCUGCAUGGGCCGCAUGGGCCAGUCUGUGCACAUAGGCAGCCCAUUGCUGCAGGCCCCUUCCAAUGGAACUCUUAGUCACCCAUCACAGUGCCAAACUUCCUUUAGCCCCAGGAUGGAACAAGAGAGAGCUUGAAGGGGUUUCCCGUGUGGAUUAUUAAGGUGUAGGUUGCUCUUCCCUAGAUUACCUGUGCCUGCCUCCUCAGGGUUCCAGGGUCCUGUAAUUGUCUAGCAUUUCCUGCUGGCUCACACUACAGUGGAGAAGGUCUGAAAAACAGUGUAAUGGUGACCCAUGAGAGAGCUAUGGCUGGGGUGAUGGAAGACCAUGUCUUGCCCAGGCAGCCCCAGAGCAACGGACAUAUUUAAUCAUCCUAGUGGCACAUAGGUGUGUGUUCAGGUGAGGGCUUGGUUUUGAACUCCCAGGAUGAUGAAGACAUAUAAGCAGUUCCUCAAGGCCAGGCCCCAUAGCCUUCAUGGACCUGACAGAUUCUGACAUAACACAAUCUGAAAGUAGAUAUUUUGCUUUUUACCUGCUCCUCCAAUUGGAUUCCCAACCCUAUCUAUACCUUUAGCUCUUUCCCAUCUCAGGUCUGCUUUCCUGGGCCAACUCCAUCAGGGCCCAGGUCUACCUGGUACACCAGGGAUGGAGCCACAUCAGGGACAAUUGUGUCAUGUGUUCCUACUUAAAAGUCUUUCCCCAUCUCUUAUACCCAUAAAACUAUGUCAAUGUUGAAGGCUGUCCCAUCCCCUUCAGAGGGGCCAAGGAGCCUCUCCUAAGACUUCUCUACUAUAAAUUUUCCUGUAUUCUUCAACCACCACCAUCUUCUUCUUCUUCUUCUUGGUGCUGGGGAUUGAACCCAGGGCCUCGUAUAUGCAAGGCAAGCACUCUACCAACUGAGCUACAUCCCCAGCCAACUACCCCCUUCUUAAAAAAUAAAUACUUCCACACUUGUUUCAGUACAAACAUCCCAGCAACAGCACAUGGCAGGCUGCUGCUGAGGGCACAGGUGCUUUAUUGGAGAAGGGAUGUGGACGGGGGAUGAGGAAGGUUCCCCCAUUCCAAGAGGAUGGGAACAAUUCUGGCUACCCCUGACAGUAAGAUGUGCAGGGUCUCUGGCCAGACUACCAUCCAAAUGGGAAGACAUUAGUCAGUUACAAAGUCAAAGUCAAGGGAGUGCCACAUAAGCCUAACUGUAGGCCUAGGAACCAUAGAGGCACCUGGGGUGGAUCCCCUGCACAUUCAUCAUGAACUAUACAGGAUGAGGCUAUACAUGAGUUAAUUACAAAAAAGUCAUAUUUACAAAAAUCUGUACACACAUUUGAAAAACUCACAAAAUUUUCAUCUAUGUAUCACAAGUUGCUAGACCAAAAUAUUAAAAAUGGGAUAAAAUUAUACAUUUCUCUUCUUAAUUCUUUCCAAAAAGAUUAAUAAUUUUUAAAGCAUAUAUAUGCUACUUUCCAUUAGCCAGACCCAUGAAGAGACCAAGCAGCCCAACCUCCCUUGAGGCCCCUAGCUUCAAGCCAUGAAUAGCCUGGCCAGAAGACAAUGCCCAGGUUUGGGGCAGGGAGUUGGUCCAUAGUAUGGAACAGAAUGCUAAAACACAACAAAAGAAGGAAGAUGUCUUUGGCUAAAACUUUGGCAUUAAAUAAAAGAGGCAAACAGGAUGGAAACAUGCAGCCCUGCCAGCCAGGCUGGGCAGAACCUUGAAAGCUGGCUCCAAGAGUGAUGGGAACCAGGCCCGAACACAUACCUGGAUGGUAGAAAGCUGUGUUUCAACCACUUGGGUGUGUUUCCUAGGUCUGGUGGGGAAUGGGUGCAAGAAAGGAACCAGGAAGGGUAGGUAGGCCACCAUGGCCACAGCCAGCUCAUCGAUAACUAAAGUGGAUGCAGUGCAAAUGUUGCAACUAAUGGACAUGCUACCUGCUUGCCGUAAGGGUCACAUGGAAAUGUGGGGCCAAAAGCAGGACUUUGUCCUCAUCCUGGGUGCCUAUGUCUCCAGCCACAGAAAGAGCCCUAAGUUUUCCCAAUGUGUGUGGGACAGGGGCUGAUGUGUCUGGCUUCCUUACAUGUUAGAGAGCUUCUGUGUCCAGAUAUCAAGGAUCAAAGUUUGUGCUUCUCUUUGCAGUCUGUGUUCCCUGCUGGCAGCAGCAGGCUUAGGACGGACAGAAGAACAUCUGGGCCCUUUAUCUCAUGGCAAAGCACCCAGCCUGAGUCCCACCUCAGAACAUCCCAAGAACCUUUCAACACUGGCAAGGUGUCCAAGAAUACCCACAGGUGGCACAGAGACCCACCGAGCAGGAUACAACACACAGUUCCAUGGGCAGAGGGGCAAGGGUGGUGAUGUCUCUAGGGGAGCUCUGCUGUUCUCAGGUGGGCACCAGGCCGGGGGGGGCCAUACAGGGUCACUGAGGCAAUGUGGUUGUUCUGCAUGACCUGGUGUAAGAAGAGGACAGUGGAUCAAGGGACUGGGGAGAAGGGAUAAAGGCAGAUCCUGUGUGGCAGAGGGGUUGACUGGAGGUUAUACACACAAAGCCUGGGCUUCUUGAUCCCUCAACUUCUCACAGUUCACACUAGGGGACAGGCACUCUGCCUGAGGAUCUGCCUGUUCCUCUUGGAGUACUCAACCUUUACCACACCCACUUGUUUAGUCCUGGAACUGCUAAGGGGCCUGCUAAAGGUAGCACUUCCAAGAAAAAAAAAAAAAAAAAAAAAAAAAGGUUGUCUAUUCUUCCAAGCCAGUGGGGCCCCCAGAGCCAUUUGCCCACAGUACAUUCAUUCACAUGGCCCUCAAGGGUUCCCAACAUGCCCAGGGUUUGUCCCCAUUGCCCCCUUCCCUGUCAUACCUGGCUUCAGUGCAAAUAGAGACCCCUGUAAUCCUUCUCAUUUUGAUGGAAACAGACUGCUUCAGCCUCCAUUAUUCCAAAUUUCUUCAACCUCUACCCUGCUUUGUGAUCCUGGGGAUGGAACCCAGGUCCUUGUACAUACUAGGCAAUUACUCUACCACUGAACAACACCCCAGCUUACCCAAAAUCAUUUUGGAACCCUCACUGUUAAGUGUGGGUAGGUCAAGUAUACAGACGGGUUGCUGAGGAAGAUUAUUCUACCCUCCAUGGCACUAGGCCCUCUCCAGUUUUCCUCAAUCACUUGCCUGUCCUUGCCAUGACCACCAGUGCCUCAGCGGUUUAUUUCUAUAGACUCUAGGACUUACCUCAAAGAUCAUUCGCUGAAGACCAAAGCAGAAUGUGGAGCCAAAUGGGUUAGUGUUGUUUGGGGAGGAGGACCUAAGGCCAGAGAAAGCAGAAUUAGAAGGGCAGACAGAGAACAAGGCCAGCAAGGCAUUCAGUUCCUUUUGGGAUGUGAACUACUGGCCAGUGAUCUCUUGUGGCUUUCAGUGCACAUCUGUCCCAUAUAGGCCCUCAAGAUACUGGGGGUAGGGAUGGCCUGACUCAACUCAGAAUUCUAGACAGCCAAAGAGGGCACAAAAAAUAACUGGAACUGGACAGGGGUGGUGAAAAGUCAGGAGGGCUCCUUCAAGUGGAGCCUUGAGCCUAAGAAGGAGCUGUAGGCAGCAGAGCAGCAAGGAAUGGGGCUUUGGGCUACAGUAGGUAGCAGCUUUGAUAGGACAGAAGAGCCUGGGACAAUCAGUCAAGACCACCUUCCGUUUUGAAUAACUGGUGACUAGAGGGCCUUAGAAGUAUGGUAGGGGGAGGGGCGCUAUACCAGAGGCAAACAUGGAGAUCAGUUGGCCAAGUCCUUAUGUGCAGGGUUGGGUAGUGAGUAUGUUUGGCAACAUCAGAAACCUCUGUAAUUUCUAAAACAACACCCACUGGCAGACUUCCUUGAGCCUCCUGGGCUUCAAGGAGCAAAUGCUGACUCACCUGUGCAGGACAACAGGCUUCUCUACAGGGUGGCCCAGGAGCUCCUGGAUAUUGUCCCACUGCAAGAGGUAUGGGGGGCAGCAAGGGUUAGCAGGGACCUAAACACAUAUGUGACUAAUGACUGGCCUGGAGGACAUGAUCCCAAACUGCUCACAGGAUCAUGUCCAAGGCUUUCUCAAGUUGUAUCAGGUAGGAAAAUAGGAACUCACUUUGCUGUAGGUCGUACAUGUUUCUGUUUGACCAUCUGCAUUUUCUGAAGAGAGAACACAACAGGCAGGCUGGUAACUGGCCCAGUCCACCUGUGGCCCCAGCAAUAGGCAGAAUUCAGACCUAGCUACCUUUUGCCCCAGGGCUGGAGUACACAGGGAGCACAGGCAGGCUGGAGAAUUUUGGAGCUCCAGGAUAGAAAAGGAUGGAGAGGUGAAGGGAGGUUAGCCAGGUAUGAGCUACACCAACUGGUAGGUAGCAUGUGACAGGCACCAAGGAUGGGUUAGGGGCACUGGAUAAUCACCUGCAGAUAGGAAAAUUUCCCCUCCAGAGGCCAGCAAUCCCACAGUAAGAGGAAAAAGCCUUGAGGGCCUCCAGAAGAUUCCAGAUCAAGAACAAUGCAGCUUCCAGAACAAAGGCCCAUCCUAGAGGAGCUGAGAUACCAGCAGAAGCAGGCAGGCAAAGGCUUCACUAAUCUAACCAUUACCACCCUCUCUAUUUGGAUAUUCCCCCUUCUCAGAGUGAAAAAGUGACCCCCAAGUCCCUUCCUUACUCUGGGGGCACUAUCUACUCACCUUUCUUUAUGGCUAGUGGGAUCUUGAACUCACAGCGGUGAUAACUACAGAAAAUGUAGAUAAGGGUAAAGGCUAGGCAUCCUGGGAGGCCCAACCACUCCUGCAUCCCAAUACGGCAUCCCCCCAAAACCAGAAUCAAACACACCUCCCCAAUGCCCUGGCUCUGCAUCCCUGACACAGCAUUCAUGGAGAGAGGCCAGAUUAAGUACUGAAAUCAAACAGAAUAGGGCAUGGCCUUGAGAUCUGAAGAGCCUAUCACCCUGGAUAAGGUACUGAGACUUCUGAUCCUUUUUCUCUAUUUGUAAAAUAGGUACAUAUGGAGAGAAUGUAAAACAGCAAGAAUUCAAGCAGAGGGUUGGGGAUGUAGUACAAUAGUAGAGCACUUGCCUAGCAUGCACAAGACCCUAGGUUCAAUUCCCAGCACUGCCAAAAUAAAUAAGUAAAAAUGAAAAAAUAAAUUAGUGAAUGCUCAAAGUCACAAGUUCUUUGUCCUGGUUUUUGUUUUAUUUUGUUUUUUCCCCAGCCCAAAGCUCACUUAUCAGAGGGGUAGAUACAUAUAAGUGUACUCACAUGUUAAAAUUAUAAUGCCCAGGGUAAUUGGUGUGUAGGACAAAUUUCUUCACUUUGUGUGUAUUUGCAUCAAAGAGGAUAUCCUGGGAUAGAAGAGGGUUUUCUAUUAUUGAGGUAGUGCAAGAGCAUUUCCAAAGACAUGACAUCUUGGAGACUUCCAUUCCACCAAUGGGAUAAUCAUGGGCAGUGGCUUUCUCCCAAAAAGUAAAGGGGACAGCUAAGGCCAAGUAGACUUAACUGGGGAUUUUUUCAGUGGAAGAGGGAGGGCAAAUAGCUGCAGGACUGGUAGGCACAGGGGUUACAGCUACACUGCCUAAGGAGUAAAACACAUAAGGGAGACCUUUUCUACAAAAGCGCCUAAUGAAAAAUCUGAGUGCUGAUUUUGACUCAAAGUCUACCAAGAUGAUUCAGGGGCCAACUAACAGUGGAGGGCCUCAGGGCACCUGGCUAUAAUGAAUGCUAUGACCUGCCAGAACUUCCAGGCUUCUAUUAUGCUCUCUAUGGCAAUCCCUAGAACUAAAGUUCAAGUCACCAGGAGUUGGACCUGAAUUUGAUUUGAAGCAACUGAUUGAACAUUUCCUCUUAUCCUCUCUACCCUUCUCAGCUUCUGCCAGCUGCUCAGGUCUGGGACCCCAGGGUCACCUCCGACUCUACUCUGUACCAGUAGCCAAUAAAAU